AUGACCAGAAAAGCUGAGGCUCCGUUCGACAAACCGAGCGCCGAUAUCAUCUUGCGCUCUGCGGACGGCGUGGACUUCUACGUCCACACCGUCAUCUUGGGUCUAGCUUCGACGGUCUUUGAGGAUAUGUUCUCUUUAUCGCAUCCGGGAACUGCUUGUCGGGACCAAAAGCUCCCCAUUGUAGACAUAACGGAGACCAGCGAGACUCUGAAUUGUCUCCUUCGCCUGAUAUAUCCAAACGCCAAGGAUCCGAUUUUCAAGGACAUAGUAGCUGUCGGCUCGGUACUGAAAGCCGCCACAAAGUAUCAAAUGGAUACCAUUGCGACAAAACUCAAGAGUUCGCUAUCCGCUUUCGCGGACCCUUUGGGAUUAUACGCUAUCGCGUGUUGCGGUGAACUGCAGAUGGAACAGGAAGCGAUGCAGGCCGCAGAGGAGUGGGCGGAGAGUUCGCAGUAUGCAUUGGCUGACUACACCGAAGGAAUGGACGACAUCGGCGCAGGCUGCUAUUUCCGCGCAUUGCAGUUCAUCAGCGCACACCGAUCCGGACGCGCUUUAUCUACCUCGUUCACUUUCUGCCAUCCUUCGAACGCGACAGCCGCCAUUAGAGAACUAGCAACAAGCGAGGAUCCCCAUGAGCUCCUCACCGUGCCAGCUCCUUUCGACUGUUUUUCGACCUUGUCUUCAGAUAUCGUUCUGCAAUCCUCCGACGGACUCGACUUCUACGCGAACAAAGCUAUCAUUGUGCUUGCCUCACCAAAGCUUGCGGAGGAGCUUGACAAGGCGAAUCAGAGGAAUACAUCCAGUGAUGGUUUUCGUGUCGUUUCGCUGACGUUGGAUGGACAAACGCUGCUGCGCUUGUUGCAACUAUGUUAUCCGAUGACAUGCCCCAAAAUCGAUGACUGGGAAACACUCACGGACACGCUUAAGCUCGCCGCCGAAUACGACAUGGAGUGGUCCAUCGAUGACUUGAAGAGGAGGUGGUUAGGACAUGUCGAAUCGCAUCCUCUACAGUCUUAUUUCCUCGCAAUGAGACACGGGUGGGCCGAGGAAGCCGAGCUUGCCGCACAACAUGCUGCACUCUCCCCUGUUGACACCUAUGUUCCCGAGAUGGAGGCUGUCUCAGCUUCAGUAUAUCGACACUACCUUGAAUACCGUCAAAAGUGGCGUAAACUCAUCUCCCGUUCUGCUCGUAAGGCCUUUGGGUACAUACCGGUGCCCGGCACAGGAGACGGACUGCAGGAAUCGGCUUUCUGGAACGAUCAAGAAUCGGAGCAUUCCCCUGGACUGGAGCGCAGACUACAUGCAGUCUGGGCUAUGUGCAGGAAGGACGAGUGGAAUUUCGAUGUCGGAGAUAUCACAAUGCUCGUGGACGAUGCCGAUAAUUUAAUAGUAAAACUGUCCCAAAAGCAACCUCAGAAGGCGGCCAAGAGCUUGAACAGGAAAUGCAAAGACUAUUGUCUCACGUAUAUUCACGCAAUGCAUCGUGUAGACGCAGGCCACGGUGGCCAGGUCAACGAUGUGGAUGGUGAUGAAGUCGAUGGCAUAGACGAAGUCAUUUAUCCGUCUGAUUUCAACGACAGCAAUUACAUCCUAGAUGACAAUUUGCACGAGCUUUUGUACGAUGUCUACGGUGACAAGUCCAGCGAGGUCUCCCUCAACUAUGUGCAGAUCAAGAGCAGCCCAGCUGAUGUCUAUUCCUUCAGUUCAUGUGAGGACAGCGAAAAGAGCAAGGAAAUCCGCCGGAAAGGCAAGAUGGUCGGUGUUUUGACGGAAGUGCGUGUUCGACUUGCUCUCGCGAUGCUCAGUCGAGACUCGACUCAAACUAUACGAAAGGCCAUUAUGAAGUCCUUCAGGAAGACCAACACACCCGAGGAGGUUCUGGGUAACAUCACGUUCGAGGAUGCAAUUCUCCGACUCUUAUAA